AAAGACUAUCAAAUGUAAAGGGCAUCUCUAAAAAAAGAUGCCAGCUCCACCUUCCUAAUAAACAAUGGCUUUAAUGCAGGGAGUAGUUUACAUCAUUCAAAGCAGGAAGAGAUGAAUGGUGGGUGUGGUAAAUGAAGUGUAAAUAUGGGCUGAGCAUGGGCGGAGUGCAAACCUGCACAACAUGGACCUGUACAUUUCCUCUUUUACCGAGGGAUCACUCAAACAGAGACUGGGUUAAUUAUUACAUGGAUGGACUGAUUAAUUACAGAUUUAUCUGACACUGGCACCAUGCAGCCAUCAACUCGUCCAUCCUUCAUAAUGUAGGGACUAAAUCUUUCAGUUUCAGUUCUUGUGUUGAAGCAUGAGGCUGCAACAACAAUCACUUGUAACACUUGCUGUCAUCGUUUCUAGGGGGCAGGUGAGCCGUAGGCUACGUUCUGUAAUUAAAGCUAACCUGCAGACCUGCUAUAACCUGUUUAUCUGGUUCACCUGUUUAACUACAAUAGUGGACCGUCGUUGUCUCUUGACAUAAUAGUGCUUGUUAAAAGUGUCAAAGCGGAGCAGGAGCUUCGGUUUCAUCCGGCUGCAGUGAAGAGAUUCAGUCCGGUUUCCAUCUUCAGCCACCGAGAGUGAAGUGCGCCUCACAUUGGUUUAACCGGUUCGCUGAGCCGCAACGCGAAGCUGACUUCCCUGCGCCGCGUCGACCGCUCACUCCGGCUCUGCGUUAAACCACCGCACGACGGCUGCGCUCGGCGUGAAAAGUGCGGCUGCGACAUGAUUCCCGCUUGACUGCGCGGACCGCUCGACACCGGUGGAACCCUUCAUGAGAGGAAUGUGCACCAUCAUCCACACACGCCUGAAAUAUUCUCAGUAACUGCAGUGAUUCCGUAGUAAACACUUAGUAUUACUGAUCUCUAUGGGAAACUGAGGAUUUAUCAGCAUCCUACAGUGGCACUGGCACUUCCUCGCACCUUAAGGAUGAUGGAAGCCUAAGUGUGAGACUGCAGAAGAAGAAGAAGGUCGCCAUGAACAGCCCUGCUCCUGAACUGGUGGCAGGUUACCCCAGUGGAUAUGUGGCCGAUAAAGAUGCCAACCCCGAGACAAACCUGGGCAGCGCCUACUCUCCGGUCGACUACAUGAGCAUCACCAGCUUCCCCCGACUUCCAGAGGAUGAUGCAACAUCAGGGGAAAACACCCUCAAACCUCGCAAAGAGGACGACAACGCCCUGAGCGAGCAGGAUACAGACCCGGAUCUGUUCCUGAAGUCCGCUCGCCUCCAGCGCCUCCCCUCGUCGGCCUCAGACCUGGCCAGCCACGACACCGCGUCCCUUCAAGAGACCACCAGAGAUCCCUUCACAGAGGACUGUGCCUGCCAGAGAGAUGGGUUAACGGUCAUCAUCACAGCCUGUCUUACCUUCGCCACAGGAGUCACCGUAGCUCUCAUCGUGCAGAUCUACUUCGGGGACCCACAGGUCUUUAACCAGGGAGCGGUGGUGACGGACGCGGCUCAGUGUACAUCACUUGGCUUUAACGUCCUGGGAAAACAAGGGUCCAGCGUCGAUGCUGCUGUUACUGCUGCCCUCUGUUUGGGAAUCAUCCAUCCUCACACCUCUGGUAUUGGGGGAGGAGGAGUGAUGUUGAUUCAUGACCUACGUAAAAAUGAGACAAGAGUAAUUGACUUCAGAGAGACCGCACCAUCUGCAAUCCACGAAGAGAUGAUGCAGAACAACCUUAAUGUUUAUCCUGGCCUUCUGGUGGGUGUACCAGGAAUGCUCAGUGGGCUGCACCAAGCACACCAAAUCUAUGGAAGGAUGACAUGGAAGGAUGUUGUUACCAUGGCAGCAGAUGUGGCCAGAAAUGGGUUUAAUGUCACCCAUGACUUAGCUGAAGCUCUGGCUAUUGUGAAGGACCAAAACAUGUCAGAAGCGUUUCAGCACCUGUUCCUUCCAAAUGGCCAGGCCCCUCUCCCUGGACUCUUCACCAGGCGGCCUGAUUUGGCAUUCAUCUUGGAUGCAAUCGCAGUAAAAGGAAUAUCAGAGUUCUACGGGGGAAACCUGACGCAGGAGAUGGUGGCAGCAGUGAAAGCAGGAGGCGGAGUGCUCACAGACGAUGACUUUGGAAACUACAGCACGAUCCUGCAAACGCCAGCAGAGGUCACCUAUCAGGGGCAUCAUGUGAUGACCUCCCCCGCCCCACAUGCAGGGGUCGCCCUGAUCACUGCUCUUAACAUUCUGGAGAAUUUCAACAUUAGCAGUCAGAUGCCGAGCAGCAGCUCCUACCACUGGAUUGCAGAGUCAGUGAAGAUAGCUUUGGGCAUGGCCAGUUCACUGGGAGACCCUUUGUACGAUGCUUCUGUCUCUGAGAUUGUCGCCAGGAUGGAAAGUAAAGCACAGGCUUUUCAACUCAGCCAGAUGAUCAACAACUCUCAGACCUUCCCCGUCAACCAUUACACUCAAUCAUUUAACUUGGAGGAAGGUGCAUCAGCUGCCCAGGUCACGGUUAUGGGCCAGGAUGACCUCAUCGUGUCGGUCAUGAGCUCGCUAAACAAACCAUUCGGCAGUGGGAUAGUGACUCCUUCAGGAAUCCUUCUGAAUAGUCAGAUCUUGGACUUCUCCUGGCCUAAUAAAACAAAGAACUACUCACCAAACCCACACAACAGCCUUCAGCCUGGAAAGAGGCCCAUGUCCUUCCUGAUGCCCACUGCAGUGAGGCCUUCUGUGGGACUGUGUGGCACAUAUCUGGCUGUUGGAUCUUCUAAUGCAGAUAAAGCUCUCAGUGGAAUUACACAGGUACUGAUUAAUGUUCUAUCUUUACGUAAAAAUCUGAGUGAAAGUGUAGCCAAUGGGAGACUCCACCCUGACCUGCAGAACCGCACCCUACUUGUGGACAAUGAGUUUUUAGUUGAAGAUGUAGUGCUGCUGCAGGCCAAAGGUUACGAAGUGGAGACGGUAAAUGUUCUCUCAUUAGUGGAGAGCACCCGCAGAACCAACGAUCUCAUCAUUGGGGUAAAGGACCCCCGCAGUAUUGAUGCCUCUGCCCUCUCCAUGUCCAACGUGCCAUAGUACGUCCUCUCUCUGACUCACAUACUGAACGGGUAAGAGAAUAUAAAAGCACUGUUAUUUAAGGGAAUGAAGUAAACAAAAAUCUUGUGCAGCUUUCUCUGAGAUUGCUUUGUUUGAAACUGAUGGGGAUUAUUUGAAAGGUUUUUUUGUUGACGUGGGAAACGUCAAAAAAAGUGGAUCUAUCUCAAUGAGACUUUCAGUAGUAGUAGUUCAUCAAGUCAAAAUCAGCCAUCAUACAGAAGAACAAAACACAGAGAUAUAAGUCAUGUUCACUGAUUAAUAUCUGAUGCAUUUCAGUGCCAAGUAAGAAAUAAAUGAAUAGUUUUCUGGUGACUUUACUUGACAUUGAUGAUACGCAAAUUUACCAUUUACAUGAGCAUAAUCCUGUGUGUGCUCCACACAUUUUUAUGCUUCAUAGCUCCAUUAUGUGUUUGGCUGCUAUUACAAAUAUAAUUCACAUAUGAUUAUUGGAAUAAGUAAACCAGUGAUUAAUCCUUGUGUUGUCACACCAUCAUAGGUGUUUGCAAACUAUGGUGUCACUUCUACAGUUUUAACAGUUUUGUUUGACCCAUGACAAGACAAUGGAUGCACAAAAUUUGCCAUAAGGCACUAUAAGAAAACAGAAGGAUCUGUUUUAAUGUGACAAUUACUGUAAAUGGAAGUCAUUUAUUGUAACGUACAUCUCAAGAUGUUUUAGUUGUAGCACAGUUUUGAUCUCAUUAGUAUACGGUAGCUGUCGGCGUUUUUUGGAUGGGUUUGCAUAUUUAUAGAAUGAAAAUAUUUAGAUUCUUUAAUUAUGGAUUGAAUGUAAUCAGUUUUUUGACCAUUUCCUUGUCUUAUAAAUGUAAAUUGAAAUCAUUUUUAUUUAUUUGUGUACAUGUUUUAAAUAAGAAUCAGCAGCUUUUGUAAAGCCUUGCAAUCUCUAAUAAUUGUUUAAUCUACAACCAGAAUGGCCAGUUCACUGAUCAAACAUGUCCUUAAUCGUUUUUUUUUUCUCUGUAGUGUGUUACCAGUGCAAUAUGACUGUUGAUGCUUGUAGACUGUACUGCGGCGUGUUUGCCUUAAGGCACACAUUUGCACAAUACCCAAUGUUUAAUUCCCUGCAUUUGUAUCUUAUUUUAAUAAAAAGCUGCACUGUCUAGACCUAAUAAAUAAAACAUUUGCACAUAUCCUGA